GCACAGUAUGCCAGCAGCACCAGAGCCCCUCCCUCUGGUGAUACGCCGGCCCUCUGGUCAGAAAACCCCUCUCAGCCUGAGCCCCGCCCCCAGACCGGCACUAUCUCCUGGCAGGCCGCGAUCCAUGCUGCUCGUAACUCCCAGGGCAACGUCUCCCAGAGCAUGAGCGCCCGCACCUCUGUCCCUGGGGCCACGCCUGCACCGGUAGGCUCAUUGUCACAGAGGAAGAGGCAACAGUACGCCAAGAGCAAGAAGCAGGGCGGCUCCACCAACAGCAGGCCGCCCAGGGCCCUGUUCUGCCUCACCCUCAACAACCCCAUCCGCAGAGCCUGCAUCAGCCUGGUGGAGUGGAAGUAUCCUUUCUGGGGCUCUCAGUGGAGAUAUACAGGGACUCUCUGUGUCCCAACAUGGAAAACACCUGUUUUGAUGUUGGUCUAUUAGUUUACAGGCGAAAGCAGUUCAAAACAGUCAUUAGGGCAAGUGUCCCGCCCCCUUCCAAGCAACAAACAAUCAAACAUUCAGUAACAAAAUAAUUUAUCUUGCAGUCUCCAUAUUGAGUUUUUUCUCUUCUUCAGCUGAAAACCCUCUAUCAGACCAGACCCCAGUUGGAAACAGUCUAAAGCGUUCAUUUGAGUUUAGUUCUGAAUGCAUCCAUCACAGAAAGUAUCCAGUGUGUUUCUAAAGAUGAUGCAUUAAUACAACCCUAGAUAAGGAAUAAUUCCUCUAGCAUAUAUCAAAAUGGAAAUGUUGCUGUAUUUUAAAAUGUUUGCUUUGAUCAUUGUUCAUUUUACUUCAUAAGAUCCUACCUUUAAAUGACUGCAAUGUGCUCUCUCUGUUUAUGCUCAUGUAUUGACUGUGUGCUUUGAACAUUGUUCCUUAACUGUGUGCCUCAGACCCUUUGAUAUCUUUAUAUUGCUCUCUAUUUUUGCCAACUGUGUGGCCUUAGCUGUUUAUAUCCCCUUCCCCGAGGACGACUCCAACUCCACCAACCAUGACCUGGUGAGUAGUCUAUUCUAUUCUACAGUAUAG